AUGCACCCCACUCGGAAACAGUUCGUCAGAUCCCUCGAAGUUCACUUGGGACAGCAAAGCACAGAGACGCUCGAAUACAUCGCGUCCUACCAGAAACUCACAUGGCGAAGCAUCUGCGUGGAAAGUGUCACUGUCUCUCCAAAUGUAUCACCACGAAAGACGGCAACCAGAAGGGCAGUCGACGUGCAGUCCAAGCGAACGUUGGAUAUCAUGUCCACGGCAACAUUGAGUGAUCUUCGCGUUGUUUUGAGUAUUAUGGUUGGCGGCAACGCACAUCCUCGUUCCAUCCCAUCCACCACCGGCGGAAUGUCGGCGACUUCACCGACGCACAAGCCAACAAACGGUGACGUGGACUUUGCAUUUUGCCGCAACAACGACAUCACCCACAUCAUUCCCGUCUUGGACGAACAGUCCAUUGCCGUUCAGGACAUAUUGCAGCAAGGCAACGUCGUGUACGUGCUGUACAUGACUACGAAGAAGCAAAAAAGUCCUCUAAUCAAACCCCGUCGCCUGCACUCCGCUGCAUCAUCUGCGUCUGGACUCGACGAGCCUCCCACGUUUGCCAUCACAAAUACCUUUAGCGGGUAUUCCUUGAACGCAGACAUCUUCCUUCGCGGGGAUGGGCUGUCUAUGUCGCUGAAGGACAUCGUCGACACCAGAACAUCUGUCGCCGCGGUGGAAUUGAACGCCGACAACGGCGCUGUGCAUGUCUCGCUGAAUGCCCAGGAACUGGGCGAGAUAGUCGGGUUCAGCGAUGACACGCUGCUCAUCAUGAUGUCCAACAGCAAGAAUCAGCGCACGAUCCUCCAAAAGCUCUUGGCGAAGAUGACACUCCAUGUCGACGAAUCCACAAAACUGGUGCACGUGACAUUUCCGUCCGACGCUGUCACAGCCCCGUCGCCGUUGAUUGCGAUCCAAAAAGUGCCGUCGAUGCGAAAAUCGGUCGUGCCCUCUGUCGCACUCCCUCCAUCUUCGUUGAAAAAGCAACCGACGCCGCCCCAACUAGAUCCCAUCGAAGAAAGGCCCCCCACAGCAAUGCCUGCAGUGUCUACGCGCCACGUCCAUGCGCCAUUCAUCGCCUCGUCAACCAAGCCAGAGUUGGAGCACAGUUCGACCAAGUUGCUCAAACAAGCCGACAACGUUGCUCUCGAACAACCCGAGGGCUCGACCAGUGCCGCUCCGACCUCCCCAACUGUGGCCCCGCCGCUCACGUCAGACUUUGACAAGGCGUUUCUCGCCGUGUUGGACUUUUUCACGGCGUCGGCUCCCGCCACGUAUUCGCUCGUCGCGUACGACGAGCUGGUACUGUCGUUUGGGGUAGAAGCGUCGGGAUGUGUGUCGAAAAUGUCCAAGUACCUUUUGCACGCCCGAGAUGCGCUCAAAAAAGUGCUCCUGCACUGCAUCAUUCAGCACGCCAAUAACAACAAUAACCACCACACCAGCCACUCCACCACAGGUCGUCGAUCUCUUGGCGCAUCGCCGACCGUCGGCCGUGAAGACGACGACAUGGCGACGCUGUUGCGCUACUUGUGGCGGGGGCUCGGCCACUGCGUAUGGCGUGAAGUUCGCGACGAAAUCUUUGCGCGUUGUCGAUUGGACCCUAUGACGAGACUGGGGGUGUUGCAGAGCAAACUGGGCAACCCCGAGGCCUUUUCAGGCUUCAAAGACGAGCCCGACCGUGCAUACGCCGACGAAGUGACCGUGGCCGUGCACUGCGUUCUCUUGUGUUUGGAACCGCACGAUGUCAUCUCAAUCGACGCCACCAGCGUGUGGAAACUCGUCCAGAUCCUCGGGCUCGUCGAGUUCAAAACGUUUCGUAAAACGCUCAAACGUAUCGAAUCAUUUUGUCGGAACCGCGUGCUGCCACCGCACGUUCGACGGCGUCUCAUGACGUGGAUGGCCCUCCCUGCGUUCGUGUCGGUUGUGGACCGGAAGGACGAAAGUCUGUACGGCGUGUCGCUGCUGAGAAAGCUCGUGGCGAUUGUCGUCGAUGCCACCGACUUGGACUUGGUCCAGCCGUCCAGAUUGGCCGAGUGUUUGAAUCUAGCGUCCGCAACCAAAGUGUCGACCACUGUCCACGGGAUCACGGGCGACUUGGUCAAGAUAUGCCACAAGUGGGUCGAAUUGCAUUACCACCACCAUCCACCAACUACUACCUCCAUCUUGGUCCCCGAGUUUCAAACGAUGGUCAAGAACAUGGACGAGAUUCGAUGUGCCCACAUUGAAGCAACUUGCACCCUCGUAGCCAACCAGGACGCAGCUGCCAUGCCCAUGGCCUUUCGAUGGUACCUUCCACCCAUCGCCACCACAAGCCAAGACAGAUAUUUCUUCGUUGGGGAACACGACGCAGCACUGGAAUUUACAUUCGUGUACACGUCGACCAGUGCGCCUGUUCAAGUUCAAUUCAACACGAUGGGGGAGCCCACGUUGGCCCUUGAUGCGUUGGACCGGCUGCUUUUGUGUGCGCUGUCGACAUGGUACUCUGUCACAUCCAGGCCAAACGAAGCGGCGUCCCACGGCGACAUCGCCGUGGGCUUUGGAAUCAACUUUUGUUUGUUUUCAGCGCUGGAUUCACUGGGCCACUGUUGGUACUUGGAAGACGUGUUGAAAGCCGCCUCUAUCGACAAAAUUGGCAUUGGCUCGGGCGUGUCUGAGGACGGGACGCGCGCGGUGCUAGUGUUGCGACUGUACGGUGUCGCAUGGCGAAAGGCGACACACAUUGUGAUGAAAGAACCCAUUCAUUUUUUGCUCUGGCUCAAGUACAUGGCUGAGGACGAGCUGCACCAUGCCGUGCGACUCGGUGCCAUGUGCAUUUGCGAGUUGCUCCUGAGUAAGGACACGUGCAAGUCCAUUUUGCCCUUGGUCACAAUGAAAACUGCGACAUCGUUGACGCUUCCACUGGGGUUGGCCGCAGAUGUGUACGAGAUGCUCGUGUUGAGUUGGCAAGUACCGCCACAACUUUGGAUGGACAAGGCAAUAUCGUUGUCAUCACAGCCACCACCUCCACCUCUAUCGUGGCAUUUCCCAUACAUUUUGGGUUUGAUCUCCCAAGCCAAAAUGUACGCGCACUUCACCGUCAAGAUUCUCGAGUGUUUGUACAGCUUGUUGGCAAGCCAAUCCCACGCUCACUAUAUGGCCGGGCUCAUGAGUCAGCCGACCAUCCACAAUACCACCGACGACAACAACGGAGACAUGGUGGAAUUGCUGGCGAAAAUGACGCUCGAUGUGCAUCAGCCCGUGCGCGUUCUGGACCUGGCACAGCGAAUCCUCCUCGAGUGUCUCCUUCAUCCCCUCCUUGGUACGCCACUGCGCAUUGCGCGGCUAUUUCCUCGCAUUUCAGACAACCAGCUGGGCUUUCGACGGUCAAGCAAGCCUGCUCCGCAUGGCGACAUGAGCAUUUCACCCAUCAAGUGUGUGCAUCUGCUAAGUUUGGACAUUCUGGGAAAGCUGGCCAUUGCCGUGGACACGUUGAUGGCAAACAGUCCUGCUUGGUCUUCCGAUUUGGACACGCUCCAGUUGCGCUUUCUGUGUGUGCUGGCCACGACUGGAGGGGGCAUGUGGCUGUCGAAGAACGUAGCUGUUGUUAGCUUGGUCGUAGCAUGCAUCCACAACUCCAAGUCAUCUCCGCUGGUGUGUGUACUAGGCGGCCGAGUUCUGCAAACGCUGAGCUGUGUCUUGUCCAGCGACCAAGACCCUCGCUCCGUUCCCACCGAUGCACAGACACAGCGACAAUUGAUCCACUCGAUUGGCAGCUGUGUGCAUUUUCACAACGACCAGGUCGGCAACGCCGUGGCGGUAUGUGCCAUAUCGGCUCUUGCCAACCUGUUCCCCGUGGCUCCGUGGGUCCACUGGUGUUUUGAGGCUCUACAGUCCUUGUUUCAAUGUGCUUCUACUCCAAGUUGGUCGUCGUACCUGCAUUGCAUGGUGCCGUCCGCCCCACUCGAUCGCAUUUGCCACUUGUUGACCGAGCAGCAUCAAGCGGUACAAAAAUGCUACUGCAAAGGCGCGAUGGAUGGCAGCGCACGGCGUCGCAUCGUCCGCAAAACUGCGUGUACGUUCACAGCGUCGAUCCUUCAACUCGUAAUUCAACCCCCCACUUCACUUUCCCACGUGGAAUACAUCCGAAAGGCCAAAGCCAAAAAGAUCCAGCAAAGCCUUCUCAAGUGGAUGUACGUCAAGCGCAAAACCCGAGGGUUCCUCCCCGCGGCCAUUCAAUACCUCAAAUGUCCCUCGUGUUGUCCAGUCUCGUCGUGCCUCGCGACGUUGCUCGUGAUGGCGUGUGGGUUUCAAGUGGACGCCAACACUAGAAAACCGUCCAAACUGUCUGGAGUGACCCCGGCGUUCCAGCUGUCGUUGUUUCAAUUCCUCAACCAGUUGUGGCAUCACCGAGAGCUUGUCGUGCACGCUAGCAAUGACCUCAAGAUUCCGUUUACGUACUUGGUCUUUAGCUCACACAGUGACGCCGACAUUCGCUUCGAAGCGCUCAAGUCGUUGUCGCUCGUGACGUGGCACUAUCCCCCCGUGAUUCACUUUAUCAGCCCUGCCAUUGUCAAGGCCCUCUGGGGUGCCAGCUACUUUGGGGCCGUUGGGGGCACGUGGAUAGAAGACGUCCUGCACAAAUCCCUCGACUCGUAUCGAAAAUGCAUCGGCCAACACCUUCCAGAGAUCCAAAACGCGCUCAAUUUCUUUGCCCUCGUGUCCAUCGAUCCUCGCCUCGCUGGUCAUUUGACCCGGGCAUUUGGGUUUGUGUGGAAACUAGUGUAUACGUGGGUUUCGUCAGACAAGAGCAACGAGCUGGACGAAGCGCUGUGUGUAGCGUUCAUCCUCGUGCAAAACAUUCUCCUCAACAUCCCCGUUGGCGAUUACUUCAAGUUCAACGUCCCAGUGAAUGACUUUGUGGCAGUACUUGCCUCCAAGAACGUCCGUGUUAAGGCGGGGCUGUGUGGGGUGUUGUGGGCGAUGGCAUUGCGAGAAGACGGCAGGAGUAGCCUUUGCAGCAGUUCCGACCGCACGUCGUUGCUAGUAGCGUUGACCAUGUCAGUGUUCAAUUCGUUCACAGGAACGAGUGACACAUCCUCGUCGGUGGACCUGCACAUGUUGUUGUACAAUGGCCUCGGCGCACUGGCAUGUAUGGCGUUAGAUCCAAAGCUCUUGCGCGAACUGAUGCAAGCAAAAGCUAACGAACCUGCAUGUGCCCUGGCUGCGUGGAUAAAAACACGAAGACAACACCACAAUCAUCGUCAUCACCCCACCACGGCCUCGGUCGACAUGGAUUGCUCGUACUUUGGGGGGAUGGAGACUCUCCUCACGACACCAGACAUGCCAUCGCACGUCCGCACACGAAUGAAGCAACUUAAAGUCAUGCAUGAGUACGGCGUCGGCCCCGAGUUAGGUUUCCGCGCCGUCGCGAUCUCCUCGCUAGACGACAAAUUUCACGUUCAGUCGACCCGGCUUCUGGCCACGCUUCUUGUGGUAGUUGAAACCAAACUGACCUCGGAAUGGCAAAUGCUGCUGGCGUCGUUCGCGUUCGUGUCCAACACGACCCUGUCCAUGUUUCUUUGCGCCGUGCUGCCGACGCUGCUUCGACUCGAUAAGGGUCGCGCCAGUGUGAUCUCUCCAAUUGUCAUUCAAAGCCUCUGUGCAAUCAUCACACGUGAAAAGGCGACGGCGGCUUUGCAGUCACAUGCCAUCCACGCGCUCGGUCACUUGUCCGUGUUGUCCAGUGCUGCCAAGAAAGAGAUCGAGGGCCUCGAGCUAUGCAAAAACAUCUCCAAACUGCCACCGGCAGUGCAAAGUGAAGUUGUUCACAUGAUAGCGUUAUCGACGAAAAACCCAGCUUCUGGACCGACGAUUAUCCACGAAUCCCAAGUGUACGACAUCGUGGGAGCUGUGAUUCAGCGGCGCGAUCGCGUCAAGAUUUGGCAAAGCAACGUGGCAGACUGGUCCCCGAUGUUUCUUGACGACAAGGAACUGAACGCGAGCCUCGAAACGGCCGUGGUCAAGUACUUCCGUCGCCCGGUGGAGCUAGUACAGCUGUACAGCGCCGUCAACAUUGCGCCAUCGACUGUGAAUUUCCCCUUGACGAUUCUGCAGCUGCUGGGCGAAGUACUCCACGAAAUGCCCCACUUACAGCAACGAAUGUUAAAAGACGCUCAAGAGUUGACCCUCGAGCUGUCUCAAACCCUGUGCAAGUGGACGUGCCAUCCGUGCACUUUUCAGCUGCAAUGCUCUACUACAGACUGCAUUGCAGUGUAUCUGGACGUGAUGCGCUAUUGUCUCCAUGUGGACAACCCAAGCCUCAUCGACGACAUCACUGCGAUACUUGUGGCAGUGCUGUCCAAUCAACCGACCCAUACUGACUUCAACCACGUGAUUUCGUACUUGCUCCAAGAAGAGCAUGGAGUGGUGCACAUGUUGCUGCACUUUUUGUCCAAUUGCGAUACCUUGAAACGAUCCACCACGAUACAUGUGCUAACGUUGCUCCAGCAAUUGUUCACGGCCAGCGAGUCUGCGCUGUCGUUUCUCCAGACGUUCUCGUCGAACGAAAACACUUGUGGCUUUCUGAGUGUUCUGCACGUUCUCAUGAAUUGGCCUGAUCACCAUCACUCGGACUUUUCAACGCUAGCGUUUGGCGUGCUGCACUCCAUGUUAAAGUCGACGGAGAAUCGAAAGCUGUUGUUGGCCAAGCUCGUGCCUGACAAUCCAAUGCACCCUGACCGGUCCACUGGUGCAGCGUUCACCAAGUACAUGUUGGAAGUGUGGAGCUACAUUUCGUUGAAAGACAAAGCCGCGAGGGUAACAGACCGGCCCAAACUCAUGGGGUUGUGCCUCUUGGCAUCGCAAAUCCUGUGUGAUUUGUGCUACGAAGUCCGCCGCAGCUGCUCAAACGAAAGUAGCAGCUUUGUGUCCAUCUUAUUUGGUGGCGAGUCUAUCUAUGUAUCGCACUCGACGCUCAGUCACAUCGUGCAGACGUACGUUGCAUGUAGUUGCGACGACCGGUUACUGGGGGAGUUCGGUCACGCCAAUGUUAGCAUGGCUCAAAUCGAGCAACUUCGGUAUUGGCUCAGUGCAGCGUUGGCCCAUUUGGCCGGGAAUGAAAACAUCCGGCAUUCCAAGGACAUGAUGCACUUUGUCGACGCUGCCACGUCACGCUCCAUCACGAACGAAUCUCACGUGGGCAUUCAAUUCAAUUUGCUCCACAUUUACAACGCCGUGCUGUGUGUUCCAGCGUUGUUUCGCACGAUUGUAUACCGGCAAAACGUGUUUACCACAGCCAACGUUGACAAACCCAUGCUUUUGCUGUUGGGGCAGUACAUUGCUCACCCUCACAACGUCGAGCUUCGGUGGGUAGCGGCCGAAUUCGCGGGCAAAUUCUGCUUUGAAGCGACGCUAGCGAUUGAAAAAGCGUUCCUAGUGCAGUCGGCCGAUUGCCCCGACUCUUGCUUCUCCCCCACGUUCGACAAGGCCAUAUUCACCGGUUCGGCGUCGACAUUGGAGCUCCACGCCCGACUAUGUCAUAUUGAAGAUGGCAUGCCAAUGUAUCCGCAAGUGCAUACCGACACCGACGUACCUCUGCCACUUGUGCCUGGCAGACGGCUCGUGCACGAACUGCUGUCGACUCUGUUGACUCUGGUUGGAUGCGAGACAUCGCCGUUUGAAACACACCACGUCGCAAGGUUUAUCAUCCAAACCAUUCAUAUCCUGCGACAAGGUUCGUCGAAACAACCAAUCAUCGCGCCGGCCAUGAUGGCGCAGCUCGUGGUGGCCAUUGAACAUGCACGAGGAGCCAAGUUAUCGUCGCUCUUGCAUAUGUUGGAGGAGCUUGUGAACGUGUCCAGUGAGUACAAGGCGCACCUGCUGGCGCUGCAUCUCACGCACGCGCUGGCGAUUUGUUUGACUGGUGCGACAGAGUCCAACCACAAGGAUCACGACACGCUAUCGUGUCUGACAUUUGUAGCGAGUCUGCUGCGGCACGACACCAGUGUCCACACGUUUAUUGUGCAAGACAAGCGGCUUCUACGCCAUAUCUUUUCCCUCUUGCAGCUCCGGCUGACGUUCAAUCCAGACCUCAACUGCAUAUCGUUGUCUAGUCCAAACGACGAUACUUCAGCCAUGGCCGUGCUGGUCGCGGCGGCGAAUGUGCUGCGCAUGGUCAGCUCCACAAACCAAGAAGCGUGUGUGCUGUUUCACGACCUUGAAUUGGACCUCCCCCAGAACAACCAAGUGACUCCACCUAUCACGACCACAGAUGUAUCAUUGCCCAAUGACCGGCCGAUUCUGCGGACGAUCUUGGACCUCCUGCUCGCGUCAGCCGACUCGAACAACUACCCACUUGUGCUGUCGUUGUUGGGUAUUUGCCUGCAUUUGGCUGAAGCGAACGGCAUUUACGUCGUCGUGCGACUAUGUGGCCACGGCGGCAUCCUCGUGCUGUUCGAUCUCAUGUUUCACGAGUGCGUCGAUAUCAAACACAAAAGCGUGCAGUUGCUUCGGCUGCUCAUCCUCCAAUCCGAAAAGAACGUCCUACCAGCCCCGCCAAAGCUGUUGAUUUUGCAUCAAAGUGCAAUGACCCAGUCAGCAGCCAAGCUCGAUCGAUACGCUUCCAAGUCCACCCGGUCCCUCGCCCCCCCUCCAGGUCGCCGCCCGACUGCCGUGCAUAAAACCGGCAAACCUCUGCCCCCUUCACACUUGAUCGACGAUAUCGACACGGUACCCGUCGAGUCUGUUGCGUUGAUUUUGGGUCGCAUCGUGUUCGGCGGGCUGUUUCCCAUGUACGGCCGGCGGUUGGAAGAUCUGACGCUGGGUAGCCACGCGACGCAACUCGAUUACAUUUGGCUCGAAGACAUGCUUCGACGGCUGGUUGUGUUUGGCCUCCUCGCCCCCGCAGAGCUGCAAGUUGUCAGCCGAUGCAUGACCAUCCAACGCUUCUUGCCCCAUCGAACCAUCUUGACAGACCCAGGGCUCCACGUCAUCACCAGCGGCAAAGUACACUGGCACCUCGCGACAACGAACCAAGAAGUGUCGUGUACACUGGAAAAGGGCUGCAUCGUGGGGAUGUCCACCUGCGACGAGGGUCGGAAUUCCUCUGAAAACGCUGUGACCAUGUGUGCAGUAGUCACGCUCGUUCUAAGCAAGCACGACUUGGACCAUGUCCUGCCUCGGCCAAUCCAAGCCAAACUCAAAGCAGCCAUAUGCCACGUGUCGACCGCAUUUUCUACCAACCACCAUGCGACAGGAACCAGCCAAACCUCCUACUUGGCGCUGCUUCGACGCAAAGCUAUGGUCGGGUUGCAGCAAAAGCAGCCUCAGUAUGACAACCAACCGUCCACGACAGCGGACGACGUGUGUGAUUUGGUCGCAAGCAUGUGCUCGGCCUUGUCUAAAGAAUCAUCCUCCCGCGUCAACGUGUGGAGCGUAGUGCAAGCCAUCCACGAUGUCACACAUUGGUACCCACCGCGGCCAGCGUUGAUCCGGUCCCUUGUCUACUUGAUGCAUAGUGUUUUAUCACCACAACCCACACCGUCAAGCCACCAUUCGAUGAUUUUACUCCGGCUGGGACGGUCUCGUGGCGCAGACGGCGCGGCCUUUGUCGCACAUGCGACAUGGGGCAUGCCACCGUCAGCUACAGACGGCGACAUUCCGUUUCUCAAUCGCGCGUUUUACGUCCUCGUGCAGUUUGCAUCGUACCACUGCCCAGAAAAAGCCGCGUGCAGUCGAUCUUCAUCGAAAUGCUACUGCACGUUGACCGCGCGACGGAUCAUCUUGCAGCACAUCCGCCUGCCGCUGUUCCGCGAUACGAUGCUGCUCAUGGAAACCAGUCCGAUUCGAAUCGACCACGAAAACGUAUUUGCCCUGUGCUGCCACCUCUGGACCAGUCAACGUGGCAUGCCUUUGGCCCAGUACUUUUCCACCCUUCCCCAUCGAUUGCUUCAUUCGUUUUUCCGAGAUGCCAUCCAUUUCGCACACGAGUCUGCAUUCGCCAGACGAUUUCUCCACAAAGCCUGUCGGACGUGGCACGUCCGCGGCGUCGUCGCCUGCUUAACGGCAGACCCCUUGAUAUCGUCACCCCCCUGGUUGUCCCAACAAUUGAAACUUUUGGACCAGCCCGCUCAACUCGAGUCGCUUGGUGCCGUGGAGUGCCUCAUCGGUAUCGCGACUUGCAGUUGUACUACUACUACCAACGCCACUCUGAUUUCGACGGUGUAUGAUCAAUUGAUGUACCAUAUUACUACCACGCUCAACACACUUUGCCUUGGGCUGGAGUCCACCCCCGUGAAAAUCCAACUUCGAGCUACUAGAGCACUCUCCAUGCUCUGUUCGACAUCAUGUCCGUCCAAAGAAGAACCGCUGCGAUCUAGCGUUCGUGGCCAUGCGUCGCUGUUGCAAACCCUGGUCCGAAUUUACGCCAACACCAGCCACACUUUAGCAUUUACCACGUGCGCGGCGUGUUCCAUGCAGUCCACUGUUGUGCCGUGCUUCCGAUAUGAAGCUCACUUGCCCUACGGCUUGAAAUCGCUGGUUUUCAACAUCGCUAACACCCUUGGCUUUGUCCUAUGGCCGUCGGGCGACUCAGCAUCACUGGACUUACUGCACCCAACCAUGCGAUACAUUCACUUGUUGCUGGAAGUGCCAGCGUUAGACUCAUCCCUGCAGGAAACGAUGACGAGUCUGUGCAAACUGUGGCGAACGAUGGUGGCCUGCAUAGACCACAACGAAAUGGCGUACGCACUUCUGCAGUCACUUGAAAUUGCGUACCGCCAAGAGUAUUCGUUUGGAAUGCGCUCGCUGCUGCCCCUUGUCACAGCCCUCCCAUUGCCCACGUCGUCGCAGCAAAACCCACUUACAAACAACCUGCGACGCACCCUGGUAGAACUGAUCAUGGCCAUCAUGGCCGUUCCUUGUUGGAAUACGCAGCAUCUAUGCGCCAAUGCCCUUAUGCACUUGAGCCAGUGCGAGUGCUGUGUCCGCGCCCUCUCAUGCGACCAGCAUACGAUGCAAAUUUCCCAUCUCCUCGUACAUGGCGUUGGCCUGCACAGUCUUUUGACAGUGUCGGCGGCACUCUGUCGCAGCAAAUCCACAAGACAUCGCCUUUUGUCAUACCCUCAUUACACUGACUUACUCAUCAGCUUCCUGCCACGGUUGCAACGACAUGCGAGUCUUGUGAAGGCUGGCUACAUUCUGUGGAAGCUAUGGAAGACCAAUCCACCAGAACUGACCAGUCAAAGUUCAUUCAAGCCCGUGGCUCCACUAUUUUUCAACCUGCUUGAUGAGACGGUGGCGUGGGUGGAAACUGAUGACGACUCUCGCGUACGAGUAACGUGUGGGGCAGGUGUGCUAGCCCAGGUGUUAGCCGCUUCCAUGACUUGUCGUUGCAUCGAAUCAACCUCGCUCCACCACGUCGUUCGAUUGUGCUGGUCCCAUCUCUCUAGGAUGCAUCAAGAACCCAAACAACUGGUCCAGUUGCUACGUUGUAUGAAUUUGAUAUUCCAACAAGGCAGCAACGAGUACGUCUGCGGCGUUCCCGUCACUAGCGAGCAGAUCGCCGGCCUAAUCGAGAUUGCAUCAUCGCACGAGGACCUUGGCUCGUCGAAAUUGCACGCAGAAGUGGCCACAUUUGCAACCAAAGUGCUGCAGCAUCACGGAAACCGUCACGUCCUUCGCACCAUCGUCGGCGGGUCGAAGGUAUGGGCUACGUUCUUACCAGCCAUGUUUGGCCAACCCAGACACAACCAAUUCCUCGCCGGUCGCCUCGCGUUCGAGCUGUGUCGGGGCCACCUUGAAAACAGCGUUGCAUUCAUACAAAACGGCUUGCUUGUAGCCGCAGACAACGUUCUUUCAGACUUGACCAGCUUGGACGACCAAAGGAGCAUCCGCAUAGCUGACUGCCUGGCUUGCGUGAUUGGUCGCGUGGUGCUGUUUGCGGAAUCCCGCCAGCAUAAACAGACUGUUGUUCAGACUUGCGGGUUACGCCAUUUGAUUGAUAUGGUGCUCCAAAACCAACAAGUGGAGACCUCUUCUAUACACCACCAUCGCACGCCGCCUUGGGUUCAUUUGGUGUGCAGUGCAUUUCGAGCGAUGAACCGCCUGGUUCGCGUGUUCCCCCAAACGAGAUCCGACUUCUACCCCGCGAUUCUUUGCGACCGACUCGUACCUUGGUUGGUGCCCCACCGACAAGCGUUUGCAGCGUAUUGUACGGCACUUCGCUUGACCUUUUCCAGCACACUCGAGCCCAAAGCAGCCGACGCGUGCCACGAAAUGGUGCUGCACCAGUUGAUGCAAGCGCUGGCAACGGAAACAAUGUCGGCGGCUUCCCGCAAGGUGGCGUGGAGGCUUAUCUCGGCUCUGGCUAGCCGCGUGUUUGUAGAAAUAGACAGCAAUGUGAUGAUUGAAAUCAUCGAUCACGAAGUCCACAUGACCCCCCUGGGCAUCGUUCAAGCCCUGGGACAGUGUCGGUUGAGUGCGCCGCUCGUCUUGCUUGGCUACGUGUCCAUUGAACUCCACACCAACAUGACCUUCCAGCGCCUCCACCGUUGGAUCGCCAUUGCUGCAUUUGCCAGCCAGCAUGUCACGUCCACGUCGUGGCAGCUGGAUCUGUUUAUCAACAACAUCUGCGACACCGUGGCCACGCUCCUCGACAGCGCGUCUAUUGUAGACCAAUCGUCGGCAGCAUACAUCAUCGCGACGUUGUGCAGCUACGCAUCCUCGGCUGCGACAGCGUUCGCGUCUACGAUUCCAGACGUGUUGGAGCGCUUGACCCAGGGUAUCAUCUACCAACUGAAACACGGCCACUCAGCCGUGUAUGCAAGCAAGGCCGCGGUCUGUAUCAUGGCCACCCGUGAAACCAGCGACUCAAAGGACGAAAUCGACUUGGAAGCCAGGUUGACCCUCUUGUUUCCGCUGCUGUCCAAGGCCCUGUAUACGGCUUUGUCGAAAAAUAGACUGCCGCUCGCGCUCACGUACCUGGACGUGACAUUUGAGAUCCUGCACAUUGUCACAGCGCACAAUCUCUCGUCCAAGAGCGUGUACAGUAGCAUCUUGAACCAAUACCUCGUCGCAAGUCUGUCGAUAGCCAUCUUAAAGCAAACGCCCCUGCCCAUCCCCCUCAAGUCGCUCAUGUGUUCGUCGAGAUUAACGACGUUGUGUCCAGAUAUCCCUCCCUUUAGUGACCUGAGUCAGUCCAAGUUGCUCCAAUUGGCCACGUCGUUGCUGCGGUUGCUCAACGUGUACGCGAUGUCAUGUGACAUCUUUGGUCCCGAACCAAUCGACCACAGUAAUACUACAGUCAUCACGACGGACCAAUACUGGAACUUUUUGCAUUGCUUAGCCACUCUAUUGCACCCGCGAUACGCAUCGACGCUCCUGUGUGCAUCGUUUGUGCAAGUCAAGAUCCACCACCACUUGGUCGGUCUGUUGCAGUUGCUACAGUCGUGGCCCCAGUUGCUGUCCCAGUUGCUUUUGAUUUUGACCAACUUGUUUGCUUGUUACCCGCCCUGCCGAGUCGUCCCCCUCGACUGUGUACGAGAUAUCAUGCAGCACAGCUCUCAGACAGACGAUAGCGUCGUGGCUGGACAUGCGCUCAACGUGUUGUGGCAUUUGAGUCGCUAUGAACCGAAUCGCGAGACCCUUUUCAAUGACGUGUUGGCGUCCAUCCAACGCCAUCUGGACAGGAACAGUUGCAGCGUUGGAGUCGAAGGCUGCUUUGGUCUGCUGGCAGGGAUGGCUACGACGUCAAGUCGAUUCGAGGCGUACUUGUUAACCCCAGGAAACGAUAUCCAAUGGGCAAAUCGAUUCCUCAACACUGUGGUUGGCAGUGGCGGAGCGACCAUUGUGUCGAGCCAGUUUUGCAAAUUCAUGCGAAAUUUGGCCUACAACGCAUCUUACGUGCACGUUGUACGCGGCAGUUCCUUGCUCUCGACAACGUUGAUUGCAUGUCUCGAGUUUCCGUGCUCGAAAACGGCCUUGUAUGCGAGCGAAUGCUUGACCAAGGCGAACCUUCCACUGCCGCUGAACACGGCAAUAUUGAAGUCACUUAAUGUGCAUCUACGCUAUGGACUGAGCCCCACAUGUGGCCAGCAUGCCAAGGAUACCAUCCAUAUGACACAAGGAACCCUCGCGCGUCGGUGUGUGCGUGAGAUGCUGUCGCUCACCGCCAACACAUUGCAGCCGCCUUCAACACUGACAAACUACUACCGACCAAAACAACUAACCCACUCCAAGGACACGUUCAAUCUGCUCCUGCGGAUAGCCCUCCAUGGCCCCCAAGAGGACCAGGUACUCGCGCUAAAAGUCGCGCGAUUGUAUUUUGAUUCCGUGCGCUGCGAAGUGGAGUUCUUUACAGGCACCCACUUUGUGUUGGAGAUGGCGGUGGCGUGCCUGGCGUUUCGACGGCAAGAAUCCCUAGACCAAGUGUUGGGCUUGUUUGAGUCCAUCACACGCAGCCGAGGCAUCCAAUACGUUGUGCUAGACAAUGACGUGGCACUCUGUUCGAUCGUGAAGCUACUUCGCCACACAAACGCGGACCGGGUGUGGCGAAUCGUCUACAACUUAUCUUGCGCACAAAAAAGCCAAGGGCGAAUGUUGACGGCGCUCACCGAGUUCAUCCUGGCUACAGCUUGCCCGUGUACUCCUGACGAGCUGGUUGUGACUAGACUCAUGUGCAGCACCCUGGCGCAGCUAGUCACAACGACCGAGUGUCUGCCUUGGCUGAAGAGCAGUCUCCACGUGUGGCUACAGGCCAUGGCGCUGUCGAGGGACUCGGAAAUUCUACGUCAUCUAUGCCAGGUGCAGCGUAAUUUGAUUGGCAUCGGCGCAGGCAGCCACGACGUCUUGGCGUUCGAGCGUAUUUUGGACGACUUGCUUCCGAUCUACAGCACGUGUCCAAUGUCAGAGAGUCCGUUGCUGACGUCGCAGUUGGGCUGUACGUUAAACGAGCUGUGUGCUUUGCUCUUGAGCUUUUACAAAGCCGAAACGAACAACAUGUUUGCCGGUUUUCAGCUCCAAGCCACCGAGUCCAUCCACACACACCGCCAACCUCAUGGCAUCAAGAAGAAGGUGCGGCUGUGGCAGCACAAGUGGGUGUACUGCCGGGGCGAGCCAACAGAGUCCCCACAUGUAUUUAUCAAAGUUCUUCAAGUGUGGACCGCUGCCUGCGCCCAUGCUUAUGCGAAAGUGGCACAAGAGUGCUUGCAUGCCAUAUUCACGUUCUUUGCGAUGGUGACAGCCGACAGCUUGAGUGGGUGCUUCUUGAUCACCGAUCCGUUGUCCAUGGCGUUCAUUCUACGCCAACUGGCUCGGUGCACGACGUCCGACAUCGAGUUGGCUAUGACCACCUUGAAAACAUGUGCCAGCGUCCGUAUGAUCGCGACGAAAUUCGCGACCCGGAGCUGUGCAACUUCGUCACAAACAGCAGCGGGAAGCGACAGCAUGCUGGAGUUGCUGUGCGGUGUCGCAGGCCACGUCGUGCGGUUAGAAAUGGCCGCGGGAGGUCCGUGUGCCGCCCACAACCCCGCGUUCUCGACGUUUCUCACGUGUCUGUCCAUGUUGAGUGAAAACUGCAUGUUCCUGCGCGCCGACUUUCUCACUACCCGUCGCGACACGUUUGGCCUGGUCAAGUUGCUCGUGUACUUGCUCCAUCGAGGCCGCCAGUCGGCAUCAACUCUGUCGCAUAUUGCGGCUAAGAUCUGGAUGCGGCUGGCUGCGGUCGCCAAUAUUCGGCACGUUCAGAAGCUUCUCCAACAAACAGCGUGCGAUUUGUGCUUGACGGACGAAGAUGUCGCCCAUGCGCUGAUUCUGGCACUGUAUUCGACCCUGUUUGAGUUUGACAUGCAAGUCAACGUCCUGGUUCGAGUGGUGCAUUCGGUGCUGGUGCGCAUGGUAACCCACGGUCGCAUCGACAAGGGCACCCCGACGUUCUUGCGCGACAACGGAUUGGAAAGUAUGGCCGUAGCUUUGCGGGAGUUCCAGACUGCCUACGAUGCCCUACCUUCUCAAGAUUCCAUCACGAGUCACCAGGAUUCUGGGGAUAUAGCGGUGGUAGUCCACUGGAUGAAAACGCUGUCCAUGGAGCUGUCCAAGUACUGCGUCGAGGGGUACGACAGCUUGUACGAGGCCUUCGAGCGGUCAAACCACAACAGCCAGCUCACCCAGGGCAUCGACGCCACCAAGCACGCCGUCAUGUGCUUUCAAACCAGUCAUUAUGUGGUGCAUUUGCUCCUGGAAGCGGUGCUGCAUGCUGUGGCCGACACGUCCAAGCAUGCCGAUGUCACGCUUUUCUUUCGCCGCGUCGAGAAGAUUGCAGGGUGGAUCGUGUUGAGCCUCCAAAACCCUGAAAUGGACAUUGGGUACUUUACGCAUCACAUUGAAGCGCUGUGUAGUGCCGUGCAGCAGUUGCUACAGAUACACGCUGCGUCGACAGAGGGGCUGGCCGCCGAUAACAACAUCAACAACAUGGGGGCUCCACUGACCCUCGUUAUAGAGACGUUGCACCUACAUUCGUGGAUGUGGGCGUUCGGGGGCUUCCGUCCUUAUAUCAAGGUAUCGUUAGGACCCAAGCGAGCAGCGUACACUGGUUUUCACAAGGACCUGUCGUCGACUGCCAAAUGCCGGUAUCCGCAACUCAAGACCCAGUGUGGCAACUAUAUUGCUACGAACCCAGCUAAUAGAGCGUUUAGCGUCAUGCCAGACGAGAUGACGGAAUCUGUGGAUGUACAAGUGUGGAUGUACAUUCCAUUUAGCCCUGUGGACAUGUGCAUCGGCCAGGCAUCGCUGACCAACUUGGCCCCGGGCGACCACUCGGUCGAGUUUUACCCCGUUCAACGGGAUAAGAUGCGCUUCGACCAACUCGACCCGUAUGGUGAAGUUAGUUUUCGAGUGUGUGUGCAGUCGCCCUCCGCAGUGUCACAUGAACAGCGUCACAUAUCACCCACGUUUCCGUUUUCCACGUGUGGAUCAUCCCAGCUGCGAUACAUGUGCUUUGUUGUGUGGACGGGGCUUCUUGUAGUUUGCAAAUGGGUUUGGAAAGCGAUUCACAUGCAAUCGACAGUACCGCCGCGACUGGCCAAGGUCGGUCGAGUGACCCAAGCCGCCCAGGAUGAAGAAGGACAAACAAGAAUCAACGCUACGUGGAGAGUUACCUCGUUAUGGACGACCGUGCAAUUCAUCUUUGAAAAGUGCACGACCAGAGACAAGUUGAUUGGAUCGUACGAUAAGCAAAGUGCAUAUGUCGAGUGCAAUCUCAUGAUGGCGCAGCUGUUGGCGUCGGAAGGGAGCGGGUCGUUUGCUUCGAUGACGCCCCUGGUCGUCGCCAUGUUGUCUGACCCCGGCAACCGCCGCCUGUGCGAUAUGACGUGGCGGUCUAUCUUGGCGACGGUGGAUUUGUACAUGCCUCGACGGUUGGCCUAUUUCAAGUCACAUUUGCAUGUCCACGAACCUCCCGCGCACGCCUCGUCGUCGACCUCUGUGAAGCACAAGUACCGGCUCAAGGAAGUGUGUAACGGUAUCGCAGGGUUGGAUUUCUUUGCCCAACACACCAAGACACCUCACGAUUCCAUUUUCAAACACUUUCGACCGACCGCGCUCGUGCAGCCGCAGCAGCACCACCGGAACGAUGUCGCAGUGAUCGUCGACACGUGGCGCCGCCGCCGCGGACUCAACUGGCAGCAGCUCGUGAUUCCGCACAUGUCGAUCUUUUCGCUGCCCCAACCUCGCCUGCCGGAAUGGUACGGGCUUGGGAAAAUGGUCGCCCCCGACAACAUCAACCAUUUUUUCUUGCAGCCCUUGGAGCGAUGGCAGGCCAUCUAUGUCAUCACCGAGUUUGUCAGUGGUUGCUUUAACCAACCCACGCUUCGACCCUACCACACAACACCGGCACCCCCCCAGCAAAGCAUCAGCAGCUCCACUGCACCGCGACGGCUCUCGGAGCGCCUCUCGUCGGCCAUCACGUCGGUCCAGCAUGUUUUGCUUACAAGUUCCCAUCGGAUUUCGUCGUCUAGCCCCACAUCUGCGGCGUUGGUGCUCGAACUUUCGUCGAAAUCCACCUACUUUCUUCGCAAAGCCCUCACCGAUCGUACCAACGACGCUGGUCGGCCAUCCAUUCAGCCGCUCAAACACAUUGAACGCAUCCGCAAGUGCCGCCUCGCGACCUAUUGCGACCUCGAUCCAUUUGAUGCCCGCUCCAAGCUCAAAGUAUUUAACGCUAGGGCCAUGCUCAUCCCCCCCGUGCUCUACACUGACGGACCGAUCGCCGAGGGCCUCCAUGCACUCGCGUGGGUGCUGCUUGCCGUGACCGUGUGGCGGCUGUCCUUAGCACGCGACGCCGUUCGGGAUGCCUCGCAGAUGUAUCACGGGCUUAUCCGCCAGACUCAUCCGCCGCCGCUUCCAUCUCGAAGGCGGAGCAACACGGUCGAAGUCGCGUCUUUGUUGCAACCACCCUCCAGUGUGUCGGCAACUGUCUUGCAAACGGAAAAGCAGCUGCGAUAUUACCUCGUCAUCACGCAACUCAAGGGGCUCGGGGUCGACCUGCUCUACAUUUGGCCGCCCGAGAACGGCAAGAUUGGCCUUGGCGGGUUCUGGUCGAGCUGGUGGUUCACUGCGAUAGCGUUUGGGUUCCCGUUUUUGUUUGAAUAUGCCGUGAGUCCGUACUUGAAGGCCUCGGUGGGCGUCGUGUCCGUCGGAAAGCUGUCGAUUUUGGCCUGUGUGUACGGCAUUCUAUGGGUCGUGCUCGCGUUUGUGUCUGUGGUGACCAUCACACGAAGUAUCCCUGGGUUUAACGACACCCGACGUGUGGACAAGAUCAACCUCACCGACUUUCCAUCGUGCUUGAAGAAUUACCUGGCCAUGGGCAGUAUCGGGUGGGAGCUGUUGCAGCUCAACUCGAUUCCGUGGCAAAUCUGGAAAUCCACGUAUUCCGUAAAGAAAUUGGGCGCCAUGGUCACGUUAGAUUUUGCCACGCUCGGCUUUGAUGGCGUGGAGCUCAACAUGUUUUUGAUCAAACAACGCAUUGCGUUCGUGUGCUUGUUGAUUUGGUUCUUCAGCUUGAAAGCGUCCAACAAGUUCAAGAGCUUUCCAUGGGUCAACUAUUUUAUCACGUUUUUAUUGCCAAGCUUCUUAAGCACGGGGUUGUUUAUGUUUUUGACCCAAGAAUAUUUGUACUCUGUCGCAUGUUAUCCUGUCAUGGACGCCAACGACACCAAAGUCUAUAUGUUGUGGUCCACUGACAUUCCAUUCUUGUGCUGGACAAGCGACCACUGGCCAUUUGCAUUGAUUGGCAUGUUUGGCAUUGGGCUGUUCAUUCCACUGGCAGUGCUGUCGUCUGGGAGUCACCAGCUGGCAUUUCCCCAACUCGACCUGGACAUUCAAUGCUCCCCAUUGUUUGGGAUGAUCAGCCAACUGGUCAAAGGGCUGAUGAUCGGCGCCAAAACCUUCUUCGCCACCAACAUCCGUAUGUACCUGCUCGUGGCGUUGGCUGGCGACUUGCUGUUGUUUGCAGUGCAUUAUCGCUUUCCCCAAGCGUGUUCCACUAGGCAUGUGCGGAGUGCCAAGUUAGUCGUGUACGCACUCAGUUUUUGGAGCGCCCUGUGUGCUACCGUGUCGACGUUCAUGUCAAAGGAAGACAUUCCACUCAUCGUCAUGUAUGUGGGUCAUGUCGUCAUCUUGGGAGGUGUGGCGGCGGGGCUAUUGCAAUGGAAAAAGCACCCGUGGCUCAAUCGGCAAACAACCACCGCCAAACUAUAA